AAAGUGCCGAGUUGGGGAAGAAGAAAGCUGAUGAGGCUUUGAAGAAGUUAGAGAUGGGGAAAAAUAAGGUUAGCGAAGCACAGAAGGUGGCUAAUGUUGAAAAGAAAAAAGCAGAGGAAAGUAGGCUUCUGUAUGAAAAAUUAAAGAAGGAAAUGGAUGCAGUGAAGUUAAUGUUGGAUUCGGAGAGAUCUAAACUUGAAGCUGCAGACAAGAGAGUGGACAAUGCCGUUAGAGAAAGGGAAAGGGCAGACUUGGCUGUGGCCAAAGCUAAAGAGCAACAGGAAUUUGCGGAAACAAAUUUGAAGAAGGCCAUGUUUGAGAAGGGUCGAGCAGAUGAUUUGAAUCAAAAACUUGAAGAGACGAGAAAUAGGGCUGAGAAGUUAGAGGCAGAGUUGCGUGAGCAUUUAUGCUCCAGAAAAUUGGUCAAGGCUCAAGCUAAUGAGUCCAAAACUGGCAGAAAUGCAGAAUUGGCAAGUUCUGUUGGUGUGAGAAUGCUAAAGAAUGAUGGAGUAACAUCUCAAUGGUUGGAAAAGUUGCUCUUGGAGAAAGAGCAGAAUAUCAUGAGGGAGAAAAAGCGCGCAGAUUCACAGGAAAAGAAAGCAAGGAAACAGAAGAAAGUUGCAGAAUCACACAAAACUAUGGCCAUUCAACAGAAGCAUCGAGCUGAUCAACUAUCUCAAGAGUUGGAAAGUUAUAAGCUGAGGUUUGAAGAGUUACAGAAGCAGCUCCAGGAAUUUGUUUCAUACAGAAUGUAUGCCGAAAAUUCACCCCUAAGACACAACAAUGUUAUUUCUGAUACUGACACUAUUAAACUGCUAAAGAAACGUUUGAAACUAGAAAAGAUGCUAGUAACGCAUGCCAAGAGAGCGUCUGAGGUGGAAGCUAUUCGGAACAGUAUGCUACAUCAAGAACUAUGCCGCUUAAAGCAGGAGUGCCUUACGUUCCAACAACGUUUGGAUAUCCUAGAUGACAGUUUCUUACAUGACAGUGAAGGUAUACGUCAGUUGGAAAAGACUGGUAAUGAAACCUCCACUAGAGAGACAUUAUGCUCAGAUGGGUUCCAUAGGCAACUUAUAUCAGGUAUAGAUUCUAGACUGGAUCCUCCAUGUAGAGGUUCCAACCAAAAAAUGUUACAGAGUUCUGCGAUAAAUUCCAGUUCGGCAUCUUAUUCUGAUCGACCCUUGGUGGGAUCACAGGAAAGAGAAACUUUGUCUGUCACGACAUCAGCUAAACUGGGGGAAGAUAUGUCAAACCUCAAACCAACUAUUUCAAGGUUGUGUGACAAGAAAAGAAUAAGGUAUAAUGAGCAUGCUGUAGCUCUAGCUGACAAUUGCAUGAGAAGUCCAAUUAAUGAGAAUGCUAACGAUAGGAGAAUUGGGUAUGGUGAAAAGAAGAAGAUUCUUGAUGCAGUUGAGUCCAUUGAGAAUUUGUAUUCUAAGGGUGAGAAGUUGCAUCGACAGGUAUCAAAGAAGCUAUCCCUACUGCACAAUAUACUUGAUGAUCGGACGGAUGAACCUGAAGAAGGGAAUGUGAAAGAGAAUUCGUGUGGGAAUCUUGUUAGACCUUUGAAGAGGAGAAAGACUUCUUGUGAGGGGACAGUAGUUGUUCAUCAUUUGCAAGGUUCUGCAGAGCCAAGUAGCAUGCUUAAUUCAAAUAUUGAUCACCCUGAUCCGAGUUGUCUGCAUGCGUUAGCGCCUCGGCUUGAUGUAAUGAAAUCAGAUCAACAUUUUAAGGAUGGACAAAAUAAUGUUCUAGGAAGCAACCAGUGCAUUCCUCAAAAUUUUGAUGAUAUGGCUUCUAUUGACUAUAUGAAGUUGCUAGAAAUGGAUAAUGCUGCCGAAGAAAUCUCUUAUCGCAGAGCUAUUGCUAUGCCUCUAUCUCCUAUGCUGCCAGAGGUCGACUUUAAUGGGAAUGAGAAACUUGAAGUGGAUAAUUCUGAGAUGGUGGUAGAUGAGAGUUCCCAUGAGGAAUUGUCAAGUGUAAGGGAUAAUAUGGCGUCGACAUCUAGCUUCAAAAUUAUUGACAUUGAGAAGAACCAAACUAGUUUAGUAUUCAAUGGCCGCGUUUCUUCGCAGUUGCAGAUGAAUGAAGACUCUGUUGACUUCUUAAGAAAUACGAAUCAUGUGCCAGUAAGUGAUGCUCGUUUCCACCAUAUUUCAGGUGGAAAGUUGGGGAUGUCUGAUCUAUCUGGUUAUGAGGAAAAAACUGAUAUACCAUGUGAAAGGAGGAUUGCUUCUCCUCCAAGUGGUCUUCAGAAGUAUUUUGUUGUAUCCUCAGACAGCAAAGACAACUGUAGCAUUUCGAGGAUCCUUCAGACAAUUGACGGUUGCAUGCCUCUAUGUUCUUUGCUUCAUUCAGCAAACACAUUCCUUCAGAGUAUCCUACAUACUCUCUCAAAGGCUGAAGAUCUUUCAGUGAAGGAGAAGGCAUGCGUUUUCUUCUCUCUAAUACUGCAUGGAAUUUCGGAGGUUGGAAUGAAAAACUCGACAAAUCUAUGGAGUGAUGAUUUAGUCCAGUCUCUUGGUCCGAUGACCUUGCCCAUUUUCUCAGAACUCGCUGAUCCAGUUUUGAGAAGGCUAUUUAUGGAGUCAUGUGAUUUGUCUGAACUGCUUGCCGUAAUUGAAGAUUUCCUUCUGCAGAGAAAAGUUUUGGUAUGUGGUGAUGUAUCUCUUGAGUCAAAGGUGCUUCCUGGUUCCAGCAUAAACCUUGUUCUAAAUGGUAAUGACAUAAUGCUGUAUGAAAUGAUGGCGUCAGCUCACCUGUUAGUUGUUGGGGGAAGUCUGUUAGCAUCAUUAUGCUUGGCAGUUGACCGCAUUGGCUUUCUUUGUGAGAUGUCGUGCAAUAUUAUCAUGAUGCCAGCAUUUGACCCUGCAGUGUUGUUGCCUGUUCUUCAUGUUUUUGCCCACACAUGUGGCUCCAAAUAUUUUAACCUUCAGCAGUACUCCAUAGCAAUGGCUGUUGUAAAAUCUCUGGUUAUGUUUCUUGAAAAGCAAACUUCUUCGACCAAUUCUAUAUCCUCCUCUCCAUCAACAGUUGAAAAUCUGUUUAAAAGUUGGUUAUGCUGCAAGAAUUGUCCAUUCUCAGAGGGUGCACUUCCAAUAGAGGAUGUUCCCUUGCUGCUGUUACAGAACCUUCAGAACCAUGAUAGAUCUGGCUAUUGGCCACAAGAUUCACUUGAAUUAGUGAACUUGCUGGUUCCUAGAGUAUGGUCUGAUGAGGAGAAAACUGAAGAGGUUUCAGCCUUGACAAAAGCUGUCCCAUUGUCGACAACGGCUUAUGAGCAUUUAUGCGAUGUCAUUGAUAUUCUUUCUUUAACUGAGAUUCUAGCUUCAUUCAUGAGUUGGGAUUGGACAGUUGACCACAUUGUACGUCCAUUUUGUGAAUACUUGGAGUCGCAUCUGAUGGAGUGUUUUUCUGCUGCUAUUAUCAUACUUCUUGGUCAACUUGGGAGUGUUGGAGUUGGUGCUGGUGGAUAUGAGGACACUGGAGUAAAGAAACUAACAGAACGGUUAUCUGCAUUUGCAUGCGAGAUCACUUUUAUGAAAUUGAGCAUCUCUGUUCAAUUUGCCAUUGUAAGGUCUUUGUUUAGACUUACCCCAAUCAAGUUAGAAGAAAUUGUCGAAGAAAAAAUUGAAACUCAAGCAUUCAUGGGUCAGUCUUUUCCUGCUACAUUUAUGAAGCGGUGGUUCUCUCUCUUGACUUGUGAGCAGCAAUCUCUUGUCAGACUUCAUCUGGCUUCAAGUGAGAGCAAUUGUGCUACCAGUUUCCGGCCAAGGUAGAUAUCUUCGCUCAACAUGGGCAAAGAAAAUUUUGUGGUGAAUUCUUGGUAGUUUGCCCUUGUGGGAACAUUGUUUUUGUAUGUUCUAUUUGAGUCCCAAUUUUUUAUGAUUUAUGUACAGCAAUUGAGGAAUACAAGAACCAAGCGUUGAGGCCUAAAAGUCUCGGGCUAGUUUUUUUAUGUGUUGAAACCUUUACUCCAGUGUUGAUUAUCUUGUUUUUUGGUCGUUUGUUUGGGGCCAAUUUUGAUCUAUGGACCUACGGACUACGACACUCUUUGUUAUUCUUUGUGUUUCUGUUGUAUUCUUGUGGUAGAUGGUUUGAAUAAUUCAGCAAUGUUUGAUCAUGAUAUCAUGGGUUGAACACGCAGGAUCAGUAGUCAAAUGUUUAUGGUUUUGUCUAUUAAUGCCAAUGUUAUUUGUUAGUCCCAUAUUCAUAUGGAUAAAGGUUCAGUUUGGUAAAGAAAUGUAAUGGCUCGUUGAAUAGAAGAGAAUGCAGAUGAAUCUUUUAGGUUUCCUGGAGUGAUCAGUUUGAACAUGUAUUUAAAUGUGUGUUCUUCUCAUCAAAUUGUUGGUAGAGUUGCCAUGUUAUGUCAUCUUUGAAUUCUUACAUGACAAUUUUUUUCAAGGAUUGUUUCCUUGAUUCUGUUUGAUGUUU